AUGUUGGACGUUGUUGAACAAGGAAACUACAUUCCACUAGAUCAAGCUAGCAACGAGAUACCCAAAGCACAAUGGAGUGAAGAGCAAAAGCAAAGAUUUGUGCUGAACUCUAAAGCACGCAACGCACUCAUGUGUGCCCUGUCUGAGGAAGAAUACACUAAAGUUCACAACUUUAGGAGUGCCAAACAGAUGUGGGACACCCUAGCUCUAACCUACGAGGGGUCCCUAGAGGUAAAGCGCAAUAAGCUAAGUUUGUUGGCACGUAAUUAUGAACUAUUUAAGAUGGAAGAAAGUGAAUCUAUACAAACCAUGUUUGGAAGAUUCCAAACCAUUGUUAAUGAACGUGCAUUCCUAAGUAGAACUUAUGAUCCCUUUGAUAAUAUUGACAAAUUACUUCGAAGUUUACCCAGGAAAUGGAGACCACAAGUUACUGCUCUAAGAGCAUCCAAGAAUCGGGAAAAGCUCUCUCUGGAGGAACUCAUUGGACUACUCAAGGUUCAUGAGUUGGAAUUGUAA